GAGCACCCCUGCAACGGGCAUGUAUUUGUGGCACUAAUACUUGGGAUGCAUGCGUAAAACAUUUGGCAAACGGUGCACGCUGUGGAAGCAACGCAGGUUUCCGAGGUAGUAGGGACAUCGGCGAGAGGGAAAAAUGGGGGAGGACUUGAAAAAGCUGCUCAAAAAGCGAUUGCUGGAUGAGAUGCUGGGAAGCGUGAAAGACACAGAAUGGAGCGUGCUGAUUAUGGAUAUGGUCACGACCCGAGUGAUGUCCAGCAUCUGCAGGAUUUCCGAAAUCCUGGACUACGGAGUCUCAUUGGUGGAGAAUGUGGCGGUAAAGCGGGAGGCGCUGCCAAACCUGUCUGGAGUGUAUUUCAUCACCCCAUCAAACGAGAGCGUGCAGCGGUUGAUCGAGGACUUCCAGUCGCAGCCCCUGUACAAAUCAGCGCAUGUGUUCUUCUCCUCCCCGGCCCCUGCCACUGUGCUGGCCGCGAUCAGAAGCUGCCCUGGGCUCACUGCCCGGCUCAAGAGCCUCAAAGAGGUGAACCUGGAGUUUCUGGUCGUGGACCGGCGCACGUUUGUGACGGAUGAGAGGAACGCGCUGAGGGCGCUGUUUGGGGAGAAUGGCAGCAACUCUGCCUCCUACAAGGUGGCUGUGGCGACGCUGUGCAGCCGCCUCACAGGCGUCUUUGCCUCCCUCAAGGAGAUGCCAUCGAUCAGGUUCAGGGCGAGCAAGCCCAUCGGAGAUGAUGCGGGGUCAGGGCUGGAGACACAGGCGCUGGUGUCGCAGAGAGUGGCUCUGGAGCUCAAUGACCGGCUGCAGGGCUUCCAGAGGGACGGCAUCCUCCCCGCCAGCCAGACAUGCGAGCUCAUCAUCCUCGACAGGGGCUGUGACGCGGUGGCACCAAUCAUCCACGAGUGGACGUAUGAGGCAAUGGCGUACGAUCUGCUGGGCCUGACCUCGAGCACGUUCCGGUACGAGAGCGAGACGGCCGGGGGCAAGGUGGAGUCCAAGGAGCACAUCCUGGACGAACGCGACGAGCUCUGGGUGGAGCUGCGGCAUCAGCAUUUCGCAGAGGCGACGUCGCGCAUUGCUGCGAUGAUGGACGACUUCAAGGCGAAGAACCGGGCGGCCAGCUACCGCGGCAAGGACAACGCGGACGCCAUGGACAUGCGCGCCAUGCGCAACCUCGUCCAGGGCCUGCCCCAGUACAGGGAGCAGCUGGCGCGGCUGUCGGUGCAUGUGGAGAUAGCGAGCCGCAUCAACCGCGAGAUCGACGAUCGCGCGCUCAUCGUGCUGGGCAAGCUGGAGCAGGACCUUGUGUUUGGGGACGCCACCUCCAAGGAAGUCAUCCAGUUCCUGCAGGACCACGCCGCCAUACCCGCCAACGACAAGGAGCGUCUGCUGAUGUGCUACGCUGCGACACACCCGGAGAAGAUGGACGCGGCGAAGCAGGCGCAGUGGCAGAAGCUGGCGCGGCUGCGGCCGGAGGACAUGAACACGAUCAUCAACCUCGAGUUCCUCGGGGUUCCCGUGCGCAAACGUGGCGGCCGCUCCGUCGGACUCUCCUUCGGCCGCAAGCGCAAACGCGCCGUGCGCAAGGAUCGGGACCCUGGGGAGGAUGACCAGCAGUAUGCGCUGUCGCGGUUUGUGCCGCUGCUGCAGGAGGUGCUGGAGGACAUGGCCGCCAACAGCCUGUCUCCCGAUGACUACCCCUUCGUCAGCGCCCCCGCCCCCGACGCGCGGUCGGCGGCGCCCACGACGCCGUACCACAAAGCCGGCUCGGUGCGCAGCAAUCGCAGCGCGGUCGGCUGGGCCAAGAAGGCCGCCAGCGCGCCCAGCAACGCCGGUGCAUCCUCGUCCUAUGAGAAUGGAACGCCGUCGGCGCGCGGCCGCAAGAUCUUUGUCUACGUCAUUGGCGGCAUCACUCACAGCGAGACUCGGGCGGCGCACAAGCUGAGCACAAAGCUGAACAGGGACAUCGUCAUCGGCGGCUCCACACUCAACACCCCAGAGGAAUUCCUGGCACAACUCGCGGAGCUGGGGAGCGCCGCUGAGCACACGGCCUUUGAGAUCGAGUCGAAUGGCAGGUUUUGA